AUGGAGUCGGACACAACCAGCGAUGCGAAAAGGAAAUUACCAGCCUAUUACUACCUGCAACCCUCCAAGAAUGGUGAUGAAGAAGCGGAAGAGGAGCUAUACGAUUCAAACGGGACGCACAUUACGUCCGACUACCUAAACGAUGUAGUCGCCGAAUCCAUGUCGGACAAGUACACCGUCGUGCAACAGGAUUCUUCCAUAACACCACAGUACAGGUGUAACGAAUGCGAUAAAAUUCUUCCCAACACUGGCCACUUGAUAGCGCACAUAGUGGUGCAUACGGGUGAGAAUCCGUAUUUAUGUAGCCUUUGCCAACGAUCGUUCGCAAACUCAACGCGUCUUAAGUUGCAUCUAAAAACGCACUGCAUCAAAAAAUUGCACCCAGGAUUGACGGUGACACGGAUUACGAAGGGUGUUCCAGUGUCACCAUCCGUACCGUCUACCAGCAUGGUGGAAAAUGUGGAUCACAGUCCACCUAUUGUAAAACCAGCCACAUUUCGUUGCAUUGAGUGUGAGCAGACACUACCGAAGGACACGCUUUACCAGCACAUGAAACAGCAUCUACAGGAGAAAAAUAUUUUCUCACAAAAACCACCACACAAAUGUAGUCAUUGUGGCGAAACAUUUGCUAAAGUGUCAACAUUGCAGCUACACCAGGAAUCUUGUCAAGCGUCAUCUAUAAAGGUGACGUCGGAGGUAGAUCUGGUGCCGAUUAACAAGCAAGAUUCGUGCUCUAGCUUUAAAAAACAGAUCGAAUCAAAUCCCAUCCUAUCGGGACUGCUAAUGAAGGAAUCGCCAGAACCUCCACUCUCUGUUACUACAAUCGAAGUAGAUCACCAAGAUACAAUCCAGCCUGAAGAUACGUCCGAGAACGUGGAACAACCAUGUCUUAAAGAAGAAUUGCAUGAGCAUGAAAAAGUAAAAAUGGAGACAAACGAACUGCCUCACGAGGAUGUGCCAUCUGAACUAUCUGAAAGUAUGAUCAAAAAUACUUCCGCAGGGGUUGGAUUCGUCAUUAGUUCGGUAGCUACCGUAGAUCAGCAGUUUCUCGAGAAUCUCGCCCAAAUGGAACUGCAAACACAAACUCCGGAGCUGGAAGAAAUGGCCGCGGACGAUUCGGAAACCCAAACAUUACCAGCGGCAACGCUUCCCGGCUUCAAUUCGGUCACAUCGACGACAUGCGGUUUGUGCGGUAAAUCGUUUGGCGAAAAAUUUGGCCUUCGACAGCAUAUGCGCAUCAUGCACUCUGAUACCAAACCGUUCAAAUGUCCCGAGUGUAGGAAACGGUUCGCCAAAGAGAAUUCACUUUUGAUUCAUCUGCGCGUACACGUAAGCAAUCGUCCGUUCAUGUGUAUUGUGUGCUACAAAACGUUCACUCGCGCAACUGCACUGAACGGCCAUUUGUCUUCCCAUUCGCACGAGCCACUGAAGUGUUUUUCCUGCGAAGAAACACUACCGAACGUGCAGAAGUAUGCGCACCACAUCGAGAUAGCUCAUCCUCAGUUUCCGGAGGUAUUGUACCGGAUACGAGCGGAAAAACCGGAACACGAACGGACGAAGCUAUUGCGGCAGCUGUUACUUCAACAUCGUCCUGCUUCAUCAACGCAUGAAACUUGA